AUGGUAAAAUUCGGAGGAAGAGGCGGAGCUCGCAGAGGUGGAUUCAGAGGAGGAAGAGGAGCUAUCGGCGGUGGCUUUAAGCGUGACAGACCAUAAGGCGAUGACUUCGGAGGUAGACGUGUUGUCAGAGGCGGAGGCAGAGGAUUUGGCGGCAAUAGAGGUGGUCGCAGAUCUUUUGAUGAUGGCCAGCAAGGAGGCUAGAGAUUUGAAAGAAGAGGCGGUAGAGGUAGACUUGGAGGCCGUGGAGGUCGUGGAGGCAGAAGAGGAGGCAACAGAGGUGGUGCCGGAGAAGGAAGAAGAGGAGGCGAUCCAGCCGAUAGAAAAGAUAAACUCGAUCAACAACUCAACGCCUACUGGGAAAAGGGUGGAUUUAAGGAUCUUGGUAAUAUUAUUUUUUUUCAUUAAUCUCAAAUAGCUCAAAAAGAUCUUGACAGAUAACUUGAAGAGUAUCAAAAGCAAAGUGAAGCUCAAUGA